GUUGUUGGGAGGUCGUUUAUUGACAAGAGGAGAAGGUGACUCCUCGACGAAGAGGACGAUACUUUGUACAACUCUUAACCAAAUAACCACAAAUAACACUGGUGUUUGUUAAAUAAGACAUCAUGUCUUCUUUUGGGAGGGCGUUAGGAGUCUUUAGGACAGGAACUCAGCUCCUCAGACGAGGUAGACAACAGAUAACGACCAGAAAGGCUGGCGGAGGACCGCACAUUGAGCCACAGUACAGGCAAUAUCCCCAGCUAACGAAGAACCAGAAGUUCCAGUCCGAGCUCCUUAGUGGUGCCAUGUGGUUCUGGAUCCUCUGGCACUGCUGGCACGACCCUGAUGCAGUCCUGGGUCACUUCCCCUGGCCUGAUGCUUCCGAAUGGACCGACGAGGAGCUCGGAAUCCCAGCAGAUGACGAGGAAUAAGAUCACCAUGAGGGAUUCAAGCUGCUGGACAUGUCUUUGUGGAAAUCUUCAAGAUAUUCUGAAAGUCAGUGUUGUACAUAGACUAAUAAAAUUAUCUUUAAAUAUGUU